AUGUCUCCCCGCACCAUCAAGACCAGUCUCGUCAACCACAUUCUCCGAUCUCGUCGUACGUUCUCGACGUCGCGAGUAUCCAACGCGGACUUUACGCAUGCGGUCAUUGGCGCGGGCGUCGUUGGGCUCGCCAUUGCACGGCAGCUGGCUGCGCGACAGGGUACAUCAACAUUGCUCCUCGAACGACACGGUGCAGCGGGGACAGAAACGAGCAGUCGAAAUUCCGAGGUAAUCCACGCGGGCAUAUACUACCCAGCCGACUCGCUCAAAACACGGCUCUGCAUCGAGGGCAAAAACUUGCUGUACAAUCUAUGUGCCACGCAAAAUAUCCCGCACCGCCGGACGAAGAAAUGGAUCGUCGCACAGACCGACGCUGAAUGGGAAGUCUGCCUAAAACUGCGCCAGCAUGCGCAGGAUAUUGGCGUACCGACGUGCCUUGUUAGCCACGAAGAAGCGGCACGCACAGAGCCCGACGUGCAGGCACUGGCGGGUGUCGUCGAGUCACCCACGACGGGGAUUGUGGAUGCGCAUUCUCUAAUGACCUGUUUGCAGGGCCAGUUUGAGGAUCGAGGCGGAGAUAUCGCUUUUCAAACAGCCGUUACACGCGUUGAGCCGAUUAAUGGUGGGAAAGAAGGGUAUCGGAUAUUCACCUCGUCAUCUCCUGAGGCUGUUGAUCAGGAGGAAACCUCAAUUACAGUGGACACGCUCAUCAACUCGGCCGGUCUGUACGCCUGCCACAUAAACAACAUGAUCCUGCCCCCCGAGCGCCACAAACAGCCGUUUUAUGCCAAGGGCUCGUACUUUUCGUAUAGUGCUUCAAAGCCAACUUCAUCCACUUUGAUCUACCCAGCCCCUGUCCCUGGGCAUGGCGGCCUAGGCACACAUCUCACCCUCGACAUGGGCGGCCGCAUCCGUUUCGGUCCAGAUGUCGAAUGGGUCGAUUCUCCGGAUGACUAUCGGCCCUCGCCGGCACGUCUACAGCAAGCCCUGCCCGAAAUCAGACGAUACUUACCAAGCAUUGAGGCUGAUGCAAUCGCGUCGGACUACUGCGGGAUCCGCCCCAAAUUGGGCCAUGCGAGUUCGAACACGGCUGGUAAAGGAUUCCAGGAUUUUGUUAUUCGGGAAGAGGAAGGGUAUGCAGGGUUUGUGAAUUUGCUGGGGAUUGAAAGUCCUGGGCUGACUAGCUCGUUGGCCAUUGGAGAGAUGGUGGAGGGGCUAUUGUAUCGGAAUUAG